AUGAAUGAAUCUUGGGGCGUAUGCAGAGUGAAAUUCUGGAAGGUCUUGAUUGAGAACAGGGAACCGCGUGACCAACAAAAUCCAAACCCCAUUUUGGGAGCAGAUUUCUUCAAUUGGUCCUAUGUGGACGAUGUUGAUGAAUUAGCUUCUCUUAAUUGGAUUAGCUUAUCAUGUUGGUCACGAGCUGAGGUUGAAGCAUCAAAUUCUGUUCCUCAACAAUUAGAGGAAGAAGAGGGAGUGUUUAAGGGGGUUGGAGAAGGCAACAAUGUUCCUGAAAGGGUGGUGAAGGAGGAAGUAGAUGAGUCAUCAGCUGCUGGUUCAGGGUUCGUGGGAAUUUGUGGUAUUGGUGGCAUUGGGAAGACAACUAUUGCCAAGGCUAUCUAUAAUAGGAUUCAUUUGGACUUCAAUAAGCAUAGUUUUCUUCCAAACGUUAGAGAACGAGCGGCACAAUGCAUGGGUCUAGCAUCUUUGCAGAAGCAAUUUCUUGAAGAUAUUCUUGGAAGAAACAGUGACAUAGCUGGUUAUCAUAGAGGAAAAAAAGUGAUAGAACAAAGACUCCGUAGAGAAAAGGUUCUUCUUGUUCUUGAUGAUGUGGAUGAUAAAAAACAGGUAGAUGCUUUGGUUGGUAAGCUCAACUGGCUUGGUCAAGGAAGUAGGGUCAUAAUAACCUCCAGAGACGAACAAAUUUUAGAUAUGACUAAAGUUAAAGAAACUAAAAUCUGCAGGCCUCAACUAUUCAACUAUGAGGAAUCUCUUAAACUCUUUAGUUUGCAUGCCUUUUCAAUGGACCGACCUCCUGAAGAUUUUAUACAAUUUGCACAUGAUAAGUGGAAAGAAAUUCCACAUGAAGAAGUCCAUAGAAGGUUGAAGAUAAGAUAUGAUAAUCUGCAAGAUGGUUAUCAAAAAGCCAUAUUUCUCGAUGCUGCAUGCUUUUUCAUUGGAUGGGAGAAAGAAACAAUAAUCACUAUUUGGGAAGCUUGUGGGUAUCAUCCUGAAUCUGCAAUACAGAGAUUAAUUACAAUGUCCCUUCUAAAAUUUGAUGGUUGCUACUUGAGGAUGCAUGAUCAAAUCCGUGACAUGGGAAGGAACAUUGUCAAGGAAGAAAAUCUUAUGGAGCCGGUUAAGCGUAGUAGGUUAUGGUGUCAUGACGAAAUCUUGGAAGUAUUAGAUGGACACAAGGGAACUGACCUAGAAGGCAUGAUCCUUCCAUCUAACUUACCAAGUGUUUAUCCAGAUGGAGUUUAUCCAGAUCGUAAACACUUUGAGAUGAUGUCCAGGCUAAGAUUUCUCGAAAUUAGUUCAGCAAAAUUCAGGGGUGAGUUUUCGUGCCUUCCUUUUGCGUUAAGAUGGCUCAGGUGGAAGAAUUGCCCUUGGGAUAUUCUACCAACCAAUUUUUGUCAUGAGAGACUAGUUUAUCUCGACCUUUCGAAGAGCAUUAUUAAACAAGCUUGGAAUAUCAUCCCUCAAGAUAAAAAUAAGCGGUUCAAAAAGUUGGAAGUUCUCGAUUUGAGUGAAUGUAGAUAUCUGUCCAAGUCCCCAGACUUUUCAUGGUUUCCUUACCUGGAGCGAUUAGAUCUUCGAUGCUGCUAUUCAUUAGUUAAGUUAGACGAGUCCAUUGGGCAGUUGAGUCAGCUAAAAAGUCUUAUUCUUAGUAAGUGUUGGUCAUUGGAAAAGGUUCCUGAGUCUAUUGGAGAUCUAAAAUCUUUGGUUGAGCUGAAAUUGAAUUGUUCAGGAAUUAAGGCAUUGCCCGAUAGUGUUGGACUAUUGGAGAAGCUUGAGGUAUUAGAUGCUGGGGAAUGCAAUGAUCUAGUGAAGCUACCAAGAUCAAUGCGGAGAAUGAGAAUUUAG